CGCUGGGAUGUACCUCAAAUCAGCCCCCUACUCCAUGAAUUCCAUAGGCCUAACUAUGGCGGGAGUUGACAGCCUACACUCCUCAAUGGCCUAUGCAGCACCUAGUGAAUACCUAUAUGGUACCUAUGCCCCCGCCAGGAAGCAGAGGCGAGAAAGAACGACAUUUACGAGAGCCCAGUUGGAUGUUUUGGAAUCAUUGUUUACAAAGACGAGGUAUCCAGAUAUCUUCAUGAGAGAGGAAGUUGCACUGAAGAUUAACCUUCCUGAGAGCCGCGUACAGGUCUGGUUUAAGAACAGGCGCGCCAAAUGCAGACAGCAACAAAAACAACAGGCUGCAGGGGCUGAGAAGACACCAAGAGUUAAGAAAACUGCUAAAUCACCCCCACCCGCACCUCAGACGAACCCCCAGAGUGGCCAAACGACGCCUGGGGGACCCGCCUCUCCUACCACGGGGGGCACCGCGAUACGACCCCCUCGCCCCCACCGACUGUUAGUUCGGCACCCCCUCUCCCGCUGCCAGCCUCCGCGUCAACCCCAACUAGUUAUAAUCCAAUUUGGUCACCAGCUUCUAUCCCUCAUACUGCCUCCUCCUCCUCUAUCCCCCCCAUGGGUGACCUCAUGAACCCUCCGUGUCUUGAGAGGGGGUUACGGGGGGGUCAGUCAGCAGGCAGCAGCAGCAGCAGCGUGUUAUCAAGGCUAUGCUGGGCCUGCCUACUACUCAAACAUGGAGUAUCUCACUCCAAUGUCUCACUCACAAAUUAAUGUUCCGGUAAGCACGAUGGCCACGCUAAACCACAUGGGGGGCGGGGGGGCAGCAAAUGAGCGGGGGGCACACCUCACUCGUCUCCUCCUCCCUGGGGGGCGCCUCUAGCGGGACACUGGGGGCUUCCCUGGGGGUCGGGGGCACGGGGCAGUCCUCCCUCAGCCCCAGGACCCCCCUCCCUCAACUCUCUCACCCCCUCCCCCAAGACUGCCUGGAAUACAGUGACAAGAAUUCUGGAACCGCCUGGAAAUCUUAUCAGAGUUUCCAGGUGUUGUGAGCGGUGUUUGGGCGUGUUUGGCGGUGUUUGGGCGUGUUUGGCGGUGUUUGGGGGUGUUUGGGGGUGUUGGGCGGUUUUUGGCGGUAUUGGCGGUUUUUUGGGCGUUUUUUUGUGGCAUUGGGCAUUUUUUGUGGUUUUGAGAGGUAUUGGGCGGUUUUUUGAGUGUGUUGGGCGGUGUUUGGGCGGGUUUAGCGGUGUUUGGGCGGGUUUAGCGGUGUUUGGGCGGGUUUAGCAAUGUUUGGGCGGGUUUAGCGAUGUUUGGGCUGGUUUAGCGGUGUUUGGGCGGGUUUAGCGGUGUUUGGGCGGGUUUAGCGGUGUUUGGGCGGCAUUGGGCGGUUUUUUUGGGUGUUUUUUAGCGCUUUUUAAUUUUUUUUUUGGACAAAUUAGUGUUUUAAUUAAUUUUUCCGUGGUUUAAUUAAUUUAAUUCACUUUAUAUCUAUUUAUUAAUCAAUUUGUUUAUUUAUUUAUUUAUUUAUUUAUUUGUGGGUUAAAAAAAAAGUGAAAAUGCCUUGUUGUUUAUCUUUCGAGAGAGGAGG